GGGCGGAGCGCGGCAGUACGCAAUUCCUGAUGUAAUCUGGGGGCGGCUUAGGGGCGGAAGUGGCUCCACCAGGCCAAGUCCUUCCGCCCAGAGGCUGCCGGGUCUGCGGGGCAGGACUGAGCCUGAGUCCGGAAGAGCUAAGACCGUGGCUGCUAUGGAGCAGCCCUGCCACUGAGGCCCCGAAUCCCUACCCACGGCUGAGCCACCAGGAUGAGCAAGCUGCCCGGGGAGCUGGCCCGAGACCUGGAGCGCAGCCUGCCGGCCGUGGCAUCCCUGGGCACAUCGCUGUCCCACAGCCAGAGCCUCUGCUCACACCUCCUCCCGACGCCACCAGAGAAAGCCCGGGCCAUCUCCGAUGUCCGCCGUACCUUCUGCCUCUUCGUCACCUUUGACCUGCUGUUCAUCUCCCUGCUGUGGAUCAUCGAGCUGAAUACCAACACGGGCCUGCGGAAGAACCUGGAACAGGAAAUCAUCCACUACCGCUUCAAAACCUCCUUCUUUGACAUAUUUGUCCUGGCCUUCUUCCGCUUCUCCGGGCUGCUGCUGGGCUAUGCAGUGCUGCGGCUGCGGCACUGGUGUGUCAUCGCGGUAAGAUGCCCCCCUCCCUUGUCCCCAGGGCACAGCCCCCAGUUGGCGCAUGGAGGAGGACCCCUCCCCCGCUUGGCCUUCCUUUUGUCCUGUCCUGUCUUGCAGGUCACUACAUUAGUGUCCAGCGCCUUCCUGAUCGUCAAGGUCAUCCUCUCUGAGCUGCUCAGCAAAGGGGCCUUUGGCUACCUGCUGCCCAUCGUGUCCUUUGUCCUGGCAUGGCUGGAAACCUGGUUCCUCGACUUCAAAGUCCUACCCCAGGAGGCAGAGGAGACGCGAUGGUACCUGGCAGCCCAGGCUGCGGCAGCCCGAGGACCUCCGCUCUUCUCCGGGGUGCUGGCCGAGGGCCAGUUCUACUCCCCCCCAGAAUCCUUUGCAGGGUCUGACAGUGAAUCAGACGAGGAGGUCUCGGGGAGGAGAAGUUUCUCUGUCCAGGAGCGGGAGUACAUCCGCCAGGGCAAGGAGGCCACGGCCGUGGUGGACCAGAUCUUGGCCCAGGAAGAGAACUGGAAGUUUGAGAAGAAUAACGAGUUCGGGGACACCGUGUACACCAUCGAGGUCCCUUAUCACGGCAAGACCUUCAUCCUGAAGGCCUUCCUGCCCUGCCCAGCAGAGCUGGUGUACCAGGAGGUCAUCCUGCAGCCUGAGCACAUGGUGCUGUGGAACAGGACGGUGACUGCCUGCCAGAUCCUGCAGCGGGUAGACGACAACACCCUCGUGUCCUAUGACGUGUCGGCAGGCGCCGCAGGCGGCGUGAUCUCCCCCAGGGACUUUGUGACUGUCCGACGAGUGGAGCGGCGCAGAGACCGGUACCUGUCUUCGGGCAUCACCACCACCCACUGCGCCAAGCCCCCCACGCUCAAAUACGUCAGAGGGGAAAAUGGGCCAGGAGGCUUCAUCGUGCUCAAAUCGGCCAGUAACCCCCGAGUCUGCACCUUUAUCUGGAUUCUCAACACAGAUCUCAAGGGCCGCCUGCCGCGGUAUCUCAUCCACCAGAGCCUGGCAGCCACCAUGUUCGAGUUUGCCUUCCACCUGCGGCAGCGCGUAGGGGAGCUGGGGGCCCAGAUGUGACCACCCUGCAGGCGGGGUCACCACAUCCUCCGAGUCCAGGAGGGGACUAUCCCCAACUGUGGGCAAUGCCUCAGCCCCUGCUGCUGCCCCCUGCCCACCAAGCCACACCACCAGCGGAGGCCGAGGGCCUCGGACUUCCGAGGAAGUGGGGUCCACCCCGAUGCUACACUGUGUCCUGACAGUGGAAGAGGAGAACACUGCCCACCUUGCCAGGGGCAGGGCCAGCAGAGAGCGAUCCAAAGCCAGGCCUGGCAGGGACAGGACGGGGCAGCCACAAGUCCGCCCAGUCUCAGGCUGGUGUUUUAGUUACUCACUGGGUCUUGGAGCUGGGACCUUGUGCUCAGUGGGGGGGGGGGGCGGCAACUCUGCAGCCCCCAGGCCCCCCAGGGACCCCUGUAAUUGUGAGCCAAUUAAAGACAUGCGCUCAGAACACAAAAGCAAGCACCCUGCAGCACCUGGCUGCCCAGCCUCAGCUUCACCUGAGCCUCAGGGUUGGCUGAGGGUCAGGGAGACCAGCAGUGCCCAGGGCCGUGCCAUCCGUCCCUAGGACUGAGGUGUCACUGGGGCACCUCUGGGAGCCCAGGCCUCUCAAGGCCUGCUCACCACCCACCUCCCUUUUCCCCACCACCCUCAUAUGGGGCAGUUGGGCCUCGCUGUCUUCCCGAGAGGCCCUUUGCUUACAACCACCUGGGUCCUGUGUGAUCCUUGGUGGCCAUGUGGCCCGAGCACAUCUACCUCUCAGAGCCUCCAUUGCCUGCUUUGCAAAAAACAAACUGGCAUCAGCCAGGUGUGAUGGCAGAUGCCUGGUAUCCCAGCCCUCAAGAGGCUGAGGCAGGAGGAUCAAAAGUUGGAACCCAGAGCCAGGGAUAUAGCACAGUGGCUGCCUGGCAAGUGCAAGGUCGUGAGUUCGAUUCCUGGUACCAUAAAAAAAAUUUGAACCCAGUCUGAACCGUUUAUCAAGAUCUUAUCUCAACAAAUAAAAAGAGCUGGGGAUGCA